GGGAGAAGCUCACUUAGUCCUAGCGAGAGCGGCCUGGUACUUUCGUUCUAAAGCCCACGUUUCCUCGGGGAACAGAAUUGCUAGACGCAAAUAGUUAUAAUUAUUCAGUAUGUUUCCACUGACCAAGGAAAGCAAGUGUGUGGCCCGGUUGUUGCUCAAUACUGGUACUUGUCCAAGAUGUAUCUUCAGAUUCUGUGGUGUGGAUUUUCAUGCACCUUAUAAACUUCCAUACAAGGAGUUGCUCAGUGAACUACAGAAAUUUCUGGAAACUGAAAAAGAUGAAUUAAUUUUGGAAGUUAUGAACCCACCUCCCAAGAAAAUUCGACUGCAAGAACUGGAAGAUAGUGUUGAUAAUCUAAGUCAGAAUGGAGCGGGAAGGAUUUCUGUUAGUCAAGAUGGAAGCAUUGCUUCCAAGAACUCAAAUUUAAAUGUAUGUAAUAUAUGCCUAGGAAUUCUUCAAGAAUUCUGUGAGAAAGAUUUCGUUAAAAAGGUGUGCCAAAAGGUUGAGGCCUCUGGGUUUGAAUUCACCAGCUUGGUAUUUUCAGUCUCCUUCCCAGCACAACUAUCUGUAAGAGAGCAUGCUGCAUGGUUGCUGGUAAAACAGGAAAUGGGAAAGCAGAGUCUGUCGCUGGGAAGAGAUGAUAUAGUUCAGCUAAAAGAAGCCUACAAAUGGAUAACUCACCCCCUGUUUUCAGAGGAAUUGGGUGUUCCCAUUGAUGGAAAGAGCUUGUUUGAAGUGAGUGUGGUCUUUGCUCACCCAGAAACAGUUGAGGAUUGCCACUUCCUAGCUGCGAAAUGCCCAGAUUGUUUUAAGCCAGCCAAAAACAAACAGUCUGUAUUCACUAGAAUGGCAGUUAUGAAAGCCUUGAAUAAGAUAAAAGAAGAGGAUUUCCUUAAGCAGUUUCCUUGUCCUCCAAACUCACCAAAGGCUACAUGCACUGUUCUUGAAAUUGAAUGUGCUCAUGGUGCUGUUUUUGUGGCUGGGAGAUAUAAUAAAUACUCCAGGAAUCUACCACAAACUCCUUGGAUAAUUGAUGGAGAAAGGAAGCUGGAAUCUUCAGUGGAAGAAUUAAUUUCAGAUCAUCUGUUGACAGUAUUCAAAGCAGAGAGUUUCAAUUUUUCAUCCUCUGGAAGAGAAGAUGUAGAUGUGAGAACAUUAGGAAAUGGAAGGCCCUUUGCAAUUGAGCUGGUGAAUCCUCAUAGAGUACAUUUCACUUCACAAGAAAUUAAGGAACUUCAGCAGAAAAUUAAUAACUCAUCUAACAAAAUCCAAGUACGUGACUUGCAGCUUGUCACAAGAGAGGCAAUAGGACAUAUGAAAGAAGGUGAAGAAGAAAAGACAAAGACCUACAGUGCCUUAAUAUGGACAAAUAAAGUGAUACAGAAGAAAGACAUUGAAUUCCUGAAUGACAUAAAGGACUUAAAGAUCGACCAGAAAACACCUUUACGCGUUCUUCACCGAAGGCCCCUGGCUGUGCGAGCCCGCGUCAUUCACUCCAUGGAGUCGCACUAUGUGGAUGAGCACCACUUCCGCCUCCGCCUGAAAACGCAAGCCGGCACCUACAUUAAAGAAUUUGUACAUGGAGACUUUGGGAGAACCAAGCCAAACAUUGGGUCCUUGAUGAAUGUGACUGCAGACAUUCUGGAGCUGGAUGUUGAGUCUGUAGAUGUUGACUGGCCACCUGCUCUGGAAGACUAACUUUCAAAUUUGGAGACAAAAAAAAAAAAAAAAGAGUAGGGUUUUCCUGGCAUGAUGUGGACAUCCAUGGAGCACACGCCAUAAAAUGGCUGUUACCUACUAUAACGGUGUCUUGGAAACCAUUUGGAUCAUGUUGAUCCAUAUAUUUUUUAAUUUGUUGUAACAUCUCAGGAUCUAUAUAUGUGUAUAUUUUGUGUUAAAUUGUUCCAAGGAUGUCUUAGGAUUUUUCUCAUUCCCUCUCUCACCCCCACAAACCAAACUAUAAAUAAUGAAAUAAUUCUCCUUAAUUCUUUCAUUUAGAGAGGUACACAAACAGGACACAUUCUCUGUUAACCUAAGAAGCUGUAAAAUUUCAGCAAGAUUUCCCUCCACAAGAGACAUACCACCUUUAAAAUCAUGUUCUAUUUUUUUUUAAAUUAUCUCAAUAAAAGUUAUAUCUAGA